ACUAAUCUCAGUAAUCUCAUUCGUUGUAGAUUGGCCGACCUAGAUUUACUGCUCUCAUGCUAUCAUCAAUCGCACGGAUACAUAAAAUUGGAUCUACUACUUUCAGAAUCUUUGAAAAAUUUUAAUAUUAUGUUCGCCGGGCAAUUUUGGUCUUUUGUCUACUUCCAUUGUCAUCGAUAAAUAGCAUUUGAUUUUAUUGUUUUCAUCCUAGAAUAUUAUGACUUUCUGCUUCAACCAUGUUCUCGCAGACCCAUAGCAUUUGGUUGGUUUUCUUAUAACUAUUUUCCUCAUCGUUUGUCGUUGCCGCCUCUUUCUCUGUUAAGAACAUUAGGUCACUGAGAGAGAGAGAGAGAGAUCUGCUAAGCCGAACAAACUACUACAAUGGCGAGCUCAAAUGCAGGAACGUCAUUGGGAAGUGAGUAUCAAGUGUUUCUGAGCUUCAGAGGGCCUGACACUCGUACUGGAUUCACGGACAUCCUCUAUCAAAGUUUAAUUGAUGCUGGAAUUUGUGUCUUUCGAGACGAUGAAGAGCUCCAUGUUGGUGAAAGGAUCGAUGGAUCACUCCAGCAAGCGAUUGAUAACUCUAGGAUCUAUAUACCAAUCUUAUCUCGGACCUAUGCUUCAAGUCAAUGGUGCCUCCGUGAGCUCACGCAGAUCAUGGUGAACACUUCCAAACCAGAAGGUAAUAAAGAGAUCUUACCUAUUUUCUACAAUGUGGAACCUGACGAUGUUAAACUGAAAACUCCACUAUAUCGCGAUGCAAUACUGAAAUUGGAGUGUGAGAAGAAGUUGACUACUGAGCUCGUAGAUGCAUGGAGAGAGGCUCUCGUAAAGAUAGAUACAAUAAAAGGGUGGGAAGCGAAGAAGUACAAAGGCGACAGUGAACUGGUCAAAUUGGUAGUUGAGGAGGUCGUGCAAAAGUUGAAAACAAAACAAAGAUUGGUGACUGAAAAUUUGGUCGGAAUUGAUGAUCGAGUUAUAGCUGUAAGUGAAUUGUUAAACGUGGACUCUGGUGGUGUACGACUCAUCAAAAUUCAUGGCAUGGGGGGUAUCGGUAAAACAACUCUCGCCAAGGUUGUCUUCAACCGACUAUCUUCUCAUUUUGGAAAGUUUUCUUGUUUCCUUGAAGAUGUUCGAGUGAAGUCAUCAAAUGGCUUAGUUGAGUUGCAAAAAAAGUUAUUGUCUGAAAUCAGCCAUCCAGUAGUAGCAAGGAGAAUUGACGAAAUUGACGAUGGAAUGAAAAGGAUUGGAGAAGCACUUUGCAAUAAGAAAGUCUUCAUUGUACUUGAUGAUGUUGAUAGCAGCGAACAAGUGGAGAAAUUACUUGGAAAGAAUACUUUAUAUCUAGGAUCAAGGAUAUUGAUUACAACAAGAAAUAUAGAUGUUUUGCGAACCUAUAGAUCAAAGUAUCAAAUUUUGGAGUACGAAAUGGAGGUGAUGAGUUUUGAUUAUGCUCUUCAACUAUUCAGCAAGCAUGCAUUUGAUAGAGAUUCUCCCUUAGAUGAUUAUAGUGAUCUUUCAAGGGAAGUUGUAUCUAAUACUGGGAGACUUCCAUUGGCUCUUGAAGUAAUUGGUUCGUUACUCUACCACAAAGCACAAGAACAAUGGAAAAAGGCAUUGACAAAGUUAAGAAAAGGACCUUGUGAGGAUGUUUUUGGAAAGUUAAAGAUCAGCUACGAUGCCUUAAGUUUUGAGCAACAGCAAAUUUUCCUUGAUAUUGCAUGCUUUUUCAUUGGUGAGGAUAAGACGAAUGCAUUUUACAUGUGGGAAGAUUACGACUUUUCCCCAGAUAUUGUAGUUGAUGUCCUCAUUAAUAUGUCUUUGGUAAAGAUUACGGAAAAUAAUAAGUUUUGGAUGCACAAUCAACUUAGAGAUCUUGGAAGGAAUAUUGUUCAUCGAGAAAAUCCAACGAAUCCUGGAAAGCGGAGUAGGAUAUGGAUUAACAAGGAGGUCAUUGAUGCAAUUAGAACAAAUGAGUUGAAGAAAAACGUACAAGCCCUGGAUCUUGAUCUAUUCAAAAUUGAUAAGGACACCAUUACAAGUGAAGAAAUUGGAAGGUUUGAACAUCUAAGGUAUCUCAAAUUACAGGGGGGAACAUUAGUUGGAAACUUAGCAAAUUGUCUGACCAAACUAAGAUGGUUGUUGUGGAGUCAUGCUCCUCAAAUGUCUAAGCCAACCAAUAUGCACUUACAGAAUGUUGUCGCUCUUCAAUUUGCAAGCAAUAACUCAAUUGAUGAUCCGAAACUACAAAGCUUUGUCAAGAUUGCAGGAAAAUUGAGAGUUCUUUCUCUUAAAAAAUGUGAGAGCAUAACCAGAACACCAAACUUCCUUGGAUGCCCAAAUCUAGAGAGGCUCACUUUUGAAGAGUGUUCCAAUUUGAGCAAAAUUGACAGCUCUAUUGGGAAGUUGGAGCGUCUGACUCACCUAAAGAUUGAUACUUGCUGCAGUCUUGAAGAUUUGCCUAAAGAAAUGGGGGACCUAAUGAAUCUAAAGCACUUCUUUUUACGGUGCCAUGAAGUGAAGAGACUCCCAGAUUCCAUAUGGAAGUUGAAAUCAUUUCAUGAGGUGCACCUUUUAGGCCACGUCAAUUCGGCAAAUUCAUGGGAGUUACCCAGUGCUAUUGGAAGUUUGCCCUUUCUAAGAAUCCUAGAUCUAUCAAAAAUUGGUGUCAAUGUAGUUCCAAAGUCCGUCAACAUGCUUCCUUGCUUACAAAGAUUGGAGUUGAGGGAUUGUGAUGAGAUUCAAGAGUUGCCAGCACUCCCAACAAGUUUAACCCAUCUAAUAGUGUCAUCUAAAUCAUUGCGGGUAGUCCCAAAUCUCUCAAACUUGACUAAUUUGGUUGAGUUGGAGCUAAAUGAUUGGCAAGGAGGAAGAGAUAAACUUUGUACUGGUGAAUUAUGGUGGAUUGGGAGGUUAUCCAAACUAACUAAAUUGAGCUUUGGACUUCACAAUGUCCCUACUCCUGUUGAGCUGGCUUCCCUUUCUUUGCUAAACCAACUUGAUUUGUUUGGAUUGGACUUGCAGACCAAUCCUCAACUUCCCAUGUCUCUACAAAAACUAGGCCUUCAUUAUCUCAGUUCGAUUGCAUCACUUUCUCUGAAUCUGAGUAAUUUGUCCUGUCUAGAGCUCUCUUGGUCUUCAAUGCAAGAAUUUCAACUCGAUGGGCUUGAAUUUUCAAAUCUAAAGGAGUUGCAUAUUAAAAUCUGUGCACCUCUCGAGAGACUCAGCCUAUCCAACAUGAGGAAGCUUGAAGAUGUCCACGUGAGAGAUUGUCCAAAGUUAGUUGAGAUCCAAUUUUCUGGGGCGUUCGAAUCAUUGAAGGCAUUGUCUAUUGAAAAGUGCAAGACCUUGGGAAGGCUAGUUUACGUGCGGGAAGCUGGGCACGAUAGUAAUGAGUCUGCUAAUGAGUUGAUUAGUUGUCAAGGGACACUAAUCCUUCUAUCGGGAGUAUUCAAUAAGCUGCAGUAUCUCAAGCUGGUGCGUUGCCCUAAGAUACUAACAAUUCAAGUUGUCGGUAAAUCAAAAUCAUGUGAGGCAUUCAAUGUUCAAGGUUGUACUUCGCUACAAAGUCUUCGUGAUUUUUCAAAUUUAAGCAACCUCAAGAAUUUACACAUCAAUGACAACGAUGGGCUAGAGGUUGUUGAGGGCCUUGACGAGCUAGAGUUUUUAAUAAACUUAGAAGUUCAUAACUGUGAAUUGUUGGAAAGGUUGAUUGACGUAUCAAGCACCAAAUUGCCCAAUGAUUGCCACAUGCGUAUCUCCGGUUGUGGGAAAUUACUCGGGGUUAACGAAGGAUUCAAUGGCUCCUUUAAGGCUUUCAAGAAUUAUGAGGAACAGAAAAGCGAUUGCAAACAGGAACAGGAAAGUGACUUGGAGCGCAACUGCGGACAGAAACAAGAAGGCGACUUUGAACAGGAACAGGAAGGCUACUUCGAACCAGAAAUCGACUUGGAACGCGACUUUGAACAUAAACAGGAAAGCGACUUCAAACUGGAACGGAGAGAGACUUCGAACAUGUGUUCCAAGAGGAACAGGAAAGCGACUCUGGAUGGAACUACGAAUCAGAACAGGAACAGGAAAGCGACUCUGGAUGGAACUACGAAUCAGAACAGGAACAGGAAAGCGACUCUGGAUGGAACUACGAAUCAGAACAGGAACAGGAAAGCGACUCCGGAUGGAACUUCGAAUCGGAACAGGAACAGGAAACCUGCUUUGAACUAGAAGGGGAGUUUCAACCAAAUAGAGGGCUAUCAGAUUCGGAAGAUUUAGAGGCUAAUCUUUAGAAGUUAGAAGAUUUAGAAUCAUAUCUUUAGAAGAUUGAACGUUUUCAAUUUUAUGUAUUUCUUUUCUUGCAAGUAAAUCUUCUAAAAUGUACUCUUGGGUAUAUAAAUGCCCACCCAUGUUUAAUGGAAACACAACAAUUUCUGUUUCAACA